GUCCAUAUCGUUUUUGCACGUCCAGCUAGUGCAGUGCAGUGCCGCUGUGCCAGUUUGUGGGAAAGAUUCAAAUGCUCGAUUUGCAGUGUAACCUUUUUUCAGAAAACAAUCAUUUCUAAACUAAAUGGUGACUGGGAUCCAUCAUGAAGACCAAGUGGAGUCAACAGGACAUGGCGAAUGCCGUGAGGGCUGUCCGUGAGGAUAAGGUCCCACUACUGCGAGCGGCAACCAUAUUCAAAGUCCCACGAAACACGCUGAGAUACCGGAUUGAGAAUGACAUCCCACUUGAGGACCUGAAAUUCGUCCAGCGAGGUCCCAUCACGGCUCUCUGUCGCUCAGACGAGGAAUCCCUGGCUAAUUUCAUCGUCUACUUGGAUAAGCAUGGCUUCUUGCUUAACAAGCAUGUCAUCAAUGAAUUUGCCUUGUCCAUGGCCAAGAAAGAAGGCACCCAUGUGAAGUUCAAUAAAGGAGCAGGGCCUGGGAAGCAGUGGUGGGCGGGUUUCAGGCAACGUCAUCCUGAAGUCAAACUCUGGAAGCCUCGGCGAAGCCAUCCUAGGACUCAGGCCAUUGUCUCCAUGAAGAAUAAACUCAAGCGUCAUUUCAAGACUCUGAAAACAAUCCUCGAUGAGAACAAUGUCCGAGACAGGAAGCGAUUGAUCUUCAACUGUGGGGAGUCUGGAGUUGAGGUUGAUCUCCCCUCCCGAUCGACGAGAAGUUUGCGAGGAGCCAGUGUUGUGGAAACCAAGGAACACAUCAGUGUACAGCUUUGUGUGACAGCAUCGGGAGAAGCGCUCCCGCCCAUGAUUAUAUUCAGUGGAAAGCGCCCUCCUAAGGGGAAGUGCAUCCAGGGUGGACCAGACGGUACCUUGUACGGCAGUUCCAAGUCUGGUUUCCUUAAUGCGGAGCUUUACCUACUCUGGUUCAAGAAUAUUUUCCUCAAGUAUGUGACCUUCCGCCCAGUCGUGUUGAUCCAGGAGGGAAACGUCUGUCACCUGACCCCAGAAAUUGUCCAGUGUGCCCAGAUGAAUGGUGUUGCCUUGUACUGCAUCCCGGUUGGUACCUCAAGUUUCCUGCAACCCCUUGAAGUUAGCAUCAUGGAACCUCUUAAAAAAGAACUGAAGAGCAUGGUUACUCAACUCCAAGAGAGUAGCACAGAGCCAGGUCCUGUCAUCACCCGCAGUAACUUUGCCUCGGUGUUCAGAGAGCCGUUCAACAAUGCCAUGACCAAACACACCAUCCGAAAGGGCUUCAGGAAAACUGGGAUUUGCCCGUGGGAUCCCACACGCAUCGGAAGUGACGAGAAGACCGAGGAAGAAGUUCACAACCCACAAACACAAGUGACAGAGUUGGAGGCAGUGGAAGUCGACAUAACGGAAGUUCCGGAGCCAAUCAGAGGUCCGGACAACCAGAUCAUUGAGAUGAUCGUAACAGCCGAUGACAUCGACUCGGAAGCCGUGGUACUAGACCAAGUCAUGGAAAUGGUUGCCCGUGCAACGGAACCGGAGCCAGAGGACAUCCAAGUCAAGAAAGAAGAGCAGUCAAUAUCCAGUGAUGACCUGGAUGAUUUCUUGGCGGAAGAUGAAGACUUUAGUGAGACAGAUUUGGAGUCAUCGGAAGCGGAAGAAGAACUGAAAGUAGUCGUAGAUUAGGAACUUUGAAUUCCUCAGUUGGAAUUAAACAGAACCCUCAAUCCAUCAAAUUGAAUACAAAGCUGAACUUGAUGUAGUUUGUCUCUGUGGGCAAAUAGAUCUAGUGGGCAAAUAGAUCUUUUUUGCAGCUUCUUUGGUUUAUAAACAGGGUGGAUUUCUGGUGGUAUUUGAUUCUGUUUCUAGACAGUGAUCUGAGUUGCCUUGCGAAAAUCUAAAAAGAAAUCUAAAAAAAUUAAAGCUAUUUAAAAAUGUUAAAGCCUUUGAGAAUUUUAACCAAAAAUAGGUCAUCAACAUGAGAGUGAAUAGUUUCCGAACUUUCUGUUGAAUUAAAUUACAAUUUUCACCUAAUGUGUAAGAUGCGAGACACAGGAACUGUCACAUCUAUGUACGUCAUGUUCAUGUAACCAUGGAGGAAGGAAUUAAUAUCAAUCCAAUAAAUUGCAUCUGCAUAAAAUAAAAACCUUCAUAAAAAAAAUGGGUUGUAUUGGAUCGCGACAUUUCUAAAUUACACACGUUAUUUAAAGUUACAAGAAUAAAACGUAGGCUGAGCUGUACAGGCUUUUUUGCAUUUAAUUAAUUCAAAUUUAUUAAAGAUAAAAAAACCUAUAACGUUUAAACAAACAAAGGAAGGGUUUAAAAUGCACCACAUGAUUUCAUAAUUGUUGGGGAAAAUACUAGAUUUUUUGGUGUUUUCCCAUGAAAGUUAGCAUUGUACACAUAAUUUGUAAAGAGAUGUACCGGUACAUACAUGUGUGUAUACAUGUAUAUUUUAUUUGUUUUCUCAAGCUGAUUAAUUAAGGUAAAAGAAAGACUGUGAAAGUACCAGUACCAUCAGCCACAUAACAACUGCAGUUGAGCAAGUAUGAAUAUAAUUUGCAUAAAUUUAUCUUCUAUUGUUCAGUCCGAGAUAAUUUUGUUCACAAAUUAAAAAAAACACCUCCCUACAGAAUGUUUCUUUUGUUGUUAAUAAUUUAUGAGUCUGUUGUUCUUUGUUCAUGUUGUCUUCUCGUUUUAUUAUACAUGUAUUUUGUAAAUAAAAAUUCAAUGUAUUGUUGUUUUCUAAUAUAAACUUGUACUGCAUGUACUGCGCAAGAGGCAGGCCAUAAAAAUCGAUGAUGGAGGGACUGGGAACUAGUUUAGUUGAUUCACCCUCGUUCUCAAAUCUCGUGUCUCCUUUUGUGUCGUACACUUUGUGGCGCCCGGUAAAUUGUCUCUGCGAACAAGGUUGCAACGAGUAGGUGACAUUCUCUGUCUGCUAGUGCUACGUAAGUGAAAACGACCAGAAAAUGUCGGAUAUGUUGAAGUUACGGGACUCAGUUUUACAAAUUAUUCAAUUUGUGAUAUCCACACAUAUCCUUGCAUAUUUCGAGAUUUUUCUGUGCCAAAUAUAUGUAAUUUAUUGUGAAAAUAAAGGUAAACGAUCGGCACAAAAAUCUACCAAUUGUUUACGUGCGGUCAUAUGGCGCGGCACGCGCUUACAAACUGGCACAAGUAGUGGCAGGCCUAAAAAUACGCAGCCAGUGGCUGUUGUUACGGCUGUCGAUCGUCUGGUUCCCUUACCGAAUCCUACUAGUAUUCAACAUCAGGAUAUUUGGCUCUUAAGACUUGCAUCUUGGAACCAGACUAGUCCGAGUAACUUCAGUGAACUUGGAUUGAAUAAACUUGAAUAAGUUGGGUCCAGGUUUCUCGGACUAGAAGUAGAAGAACCAGACGAUCAAUCAUUAGGCCUAUCAAUCAUCAUGACGUGACCUUCCAAGUCAACGGAACAUGCCGAAUGGUUCUCUGACCUUACUUCCCUUUUAAAAAAACGCUGUGGCUCUUGUUACGGCAGCCGUAACGCGACUUUCAACUGCUAUCGUUACAAAACUGUCUGGAACUGCAAUGGCCAGUGCCAUAACAAUAGCAGAUGAAAAUCAUGUUACGGCUGCCGUAACGAUAGCACCAGGCGUACAUUGACAAACUUAAAUUAGCAAAAAAUUGUAUAAAUGAUCAUCAUCAAACACAGAAAACUAAAACAAUUAGUUAGAAUGUAUGAUGUAUGUCACACAAUCACUAUUGUAUUUAAAUUUGUACUUGUCAUGCUUGUACUUCUUUGUAGGCCUGAGUCCCUUUGAAUAAUCUUGACACUCAAGCCAUCAAUCAUAACAAUCAAGCCAUCUUUGAAGAAGUUUUGUUAACUGUGCUGUUG